UUUCGGCGACUUCGCGGGCAUUGCAAACAUCUCAGGAUACGCAAAUUAGUGUAUUGGCUCAAAACUUUCAAGAUGCCAAGGUUUACGGAAUGUUGGCGUUGUGGGAACUCGUCUGCCACAGUAGCUUGUCCUUCUUGUGACGUUGCAAAAUACUGCAGUAAAAAAUGCAAAGCAAAUGAUAUCGCGAGACACAAAGACGCCGAAUGUCGUCCAGUUGCAAUCAUAAAAACUUGUUCAUCAUGUCGUAAGACUGGUUCAUCUCUACAAACAUGUAGUGGCUGUUAUCGAGCUUUUUAUUGCGACGCGAAAUGCCAAAUGAAUCACCGAAGUGAACACAAAUUCGAAUGUAAGCGUAUUGUGGAUAAAAUUAAAUCUCUGGCUGGUUCACUCCUGGCUUUUUUCCCUAAUUCUGGACGGAUUUGUAUGGCGCAUUAUUACUGGGGCAAUAUGCCUGCAUAUGACUAUCUUAACUUACUGGAGAAUGAAGGUGUCAACUACGAUUCAGAUAUGAAUGUUCUAGUCCUUGGCGUUGGUGAUUUACGAAAUAUUGUGCUCACUUGUGCUUCGUUACCCGAGAGCUUCGCAAACAAAGUCAAGUUCGUAUUAAACGACAUAGACGAAUGGGUCUUGGCAAGAUUGGUUCUACUACUCUAUAUGAUGAUUAAAUGUGAUCGAAGCGUGAGUAAAGUUGUUACAGAAAUUUGGUACUCGCUGUCCUUGAGCGAAAAAACGUACAAUUACCUCCAUCAAACGCUUCAGGGAUUGCUUCGAUUACAGAGCGCUGAGGAUAUGAAAACGGCCACAGACGGAAUAAUACAUCUAAACGAAGAGCAUUUUAGGAAGUUUCGAGACGUUUGGGCACGAUGGCUUGAAAUGAGAGUAGAAGGUACAUCACACAUUCGAAAACAACGCGAGAAGGCAAUGAACGCAGACCUUGGGAGUUUUGGAGGCAGAAUCAACUAUUACAAUUGUAUUCCGAAGGAACACGUUCCCUCAGCCAUGGAGUACAUGGAGAAAGGUGUUUUCAAUCGCACGCAGAAUUGCUCAUUUGCCGAAAACCCCACACUUACAGGUCCUCCAAUGUUUGGCAACGAUUUAACCUAUUGUUGUCCCACGAGUGUCCUUCCAUUUGUUGGUUGGGAUUAUGUUGAGGUCGAAAAAUCGACGUAUUCAAAAUCUCUAGUUACCAUGUUCGGAAACUACAUCGAAGAGAAGUUAGAACGUUUCAUGGAAAAACUUGCUGCGAGACAAGUGAGAUUUGACAUUAUUUUAGGCAAUUGCAUGAACAUCGAAGAAUUUCUGACAGAAGAAGAAAAAUAUGAUCGAAUUUUCACAUCUAAUCUUAUGGAUUACAUUCUUCUUCCGGAAUUGUUAAGGCUUUACUCUGGCAGGCUAAAUAGAAAUAAUCCUCACACAACGUUGAUCACUGAAACACAAAACUGGGUCAACUUCUGUCCUGCCGCAGACGUGGACUCGAUGUCAAUAUUUGAACAAAGAGCGUCUUUCGGUGAAACUGCCUUGCGAGAUACAAACGAUCCAAAGUUUGCUAAUGAUGUUGGGACAACCUUCCGGGAAUAUCUUGAUAACUCUCGUGAACUGCAGGACUACCUUCGUGCAUUGUUUUAUGCGGAUCGCAAACGACAAAAAUGCGGAACAUCCACGCCGUCAAAAGUCCCAAAUUUCAGAGAACUAGGAAACGAGUUCCAGUUGCGAUUGCGGGAUGGCUUCCGCAAUGAAAAUCGAAUUGUCUUCUUGAAACCUGCAGUCAAUCGACGAAGAGUGACAAUGAUUACUGGUCUGGAACGAAACAUGGAGUGGGUGCCAAAUUAAAUUUUGCUACUUUUCUUCUCGUGAAAUUUGAACUAAAUUUUCGUCAUUCGUCAUCGUUUAAUCAUUCGGUGGACAUUGCAACGAAGUCCAGGAGUAAUUCAAAUUUCUAGUGGAAAACUUCGUUUAUAAUAUAUCUAUGCCAAAUUUCUUGCACGUUUUUCCUUUCAUUUAUAUAAUUUUUUUUGUAAUACUAUUAUACCUCGCACUACUAGUUAAACUUAUCUAGUACAAUACUUACUAGGUUACCUAUGAGUAGAAAUGCUGCCUGAAAGCAAUAAUUACAUGAAUCUUCGGGUUGCUAAUCUUGUUUCACUCGGGAGGUCUCUACAAAGGGUUUUUAGAGAAUUGUCUAUGAGGGCUGAUUGAUUUGAUAUUUAAUGGAACUCUAAUUUCGUAGUGUAAGCACUAAAUUUUCAAGUUAUUUACAAGGUUAAAAGAAGUCCUGAUAUGUCUAAAAUUGCAAUAAUUUAUAUAGCCUUAAAUAUUUAGAAUAGAAAUUUAAAUUAACAAUUAACCUACCCUUAAUUACAAUGAUAUCUUGAAAGAAU